AUGCUUGAUGGGUCAAGCCCCCAGGCAGGCAAAAUCUGGAAAAAGGCCAAUUUAACCUUCUCCUUUGACGGCAAAUCAAUGACUGAGACCUUCCUCAUCUGCAACACAGGGUCUCAUGCUGCCAUCUUAGGACUGAAAUGGCUAGACGCUCAUAACCCAGAAAUUGAUUGGAACGCGCAAACCCUCUCCUUCCCUCACACACCACUGGAACACGUGGCCAUUGCCAAAGAAGAGGAAGCUGACAAAGACCCGCUUGAAGGAGUACCCCCAGAAUACCAUCAAUAUGCUAAGGUAUUUGGGGAGGAAGAAUUCAACAAGCUUCCACCACACCAGCACUACAACAUAGGGAUUGAACUCACCAAAGAAGGCCCCCUUAACUUGCCCCUCUACAGCAUGACCAACGCUGAGUCAUCCACGCUCAAGGACUGGCUUAGGGACAAACUCAAGGCUGGAAAGAUCCAUCCCAACAAGUCAUCUAUCAGUUCCCCCGUUAUGUUUGUACCCAAAAAAGAUGGUUCCUGUUGCCUUGUAGUUGACUACUGCUGCUUGAACAAUUGGACUAAAAAGAAUGUCUAUCCACUACCUUGCCCUGAUGACCUCAUGGCCCAGCUCUGUGGUGCCAAGAUCUUCACAAAGCUGGACCUACAAUGGGGUUACAAUAAUGUCCAAGUUAAGGAAGGCAACAAAUGGAAAACGGCUUUCCGCACCAAGUACAGCCUAUACAAGUCUCUGGUCAUGACAUUUGGUUUGACAAAUGCUCCCACCUCUUUCCAACACUUCAUGAACAACCUGUUCAAGGACUUAUUGGAUGUAUGCGUCAUCAUUUACCUUGAUGACAUCCUAAUCUACUCCAAGGAUGAUGCUUCUCACAUGCAACAUGUCCACAAAGUCCUAAGGCGUCUAAUGGAUAACCAGUUGUUCUGUAAGGCUUCAAAGUGUACCUUCCAUGUGACAUCUGUGGAGUAUCUGGGGAUCAUUGUAUUGGAUAAGGGAUUUAGCUUGGAUAAGCUCAAGAUUCAAGCGGUUCAAGAAUGGCCUACACCUACUAAGGUCAAGGAGGUCCAGUCCUUCCUUGGGUUUGCCAAUUUCCUCCGUUGGUUUGUGGCCAACUUCAGUCACCUGGCUAGACCCCUACACAAUCUGGUCAAGAAGGAUACACCAUGGAAAUGGGAUACCAAAGAGCAAGAAGCCUUCCAUGGACUGAAGGAUGCCAUUACCAACGCCCCAGUACUCUGUCACACAGACCCUACAAAACCUUACUUCCUUGAAACAGACGCAUCAGGUGCAGCCUUGGGUUCUAUACUAAGCCAACAACAGGAGGACGGAUGCCUACACCCCUUAGGGUUCCUAUCCAAAUCAUUCAAAGGGGCGGAACAGAACUACAAUAAACAUGAUAAGGAGUUGCUGGCCAUCAUCUGUUCCUUUGAGUACUGGCGUAUCUUCCUGGAGGGAACCCUACAUCCCAUUACUGUCUUCAUGGAUCACCAGAACUUAGAGUAUUGGAAGGAGUCUAGAACUUUCAACCGCUGCCAUGCACAAUGGCAUCUCCUUCUAGCCGGCUACAACUUCCAAAUUGUUUACUGCCCUGGGAAACAGUCAGGGAAACCGGACGCCCUUUCACGCCGCUCAGACCACGCCAAUAUUCCUCCUGCCAACCAGACCAUGCUUCUGGACCCCAUAUUUGCCAAUGUAGCUUUAGUCACCCCUGAGAAAGUACUACAACGCCAGAUUGAAUCUGCCCUGGAUCAGGACAAAUCACUAGAGGAGAUUCUACAAUUCCUACAAAACAAGUCAAAAGCCCCGCCUUCCAUCAAACGCGCCUUCAAAGACUACAAAAUGGAAGCAGGGUUAUUGUUCUACCAGGGACGCAUUGUAGUACCAGAUGUUGGGGCAUUAAGAACGGACUUACUUUGUAUCUUCCAUGACAGUCCCCUAGCAGGGCACCCAGGGAGACAACGUACCCUAGAGUUGUUGUCAAGGAACUACUACUGGCCCAGAAUCUGCGCUGAUACUUACUGGCACGUGGAUUCUUGCAAAACCUGCCAGCAAAUAAGGAAGCCCAAGUACGCGUCAUUGCCACCCCAACCAUUAGAACUCCCUUCCAGACCCUGGCAACAUGUUUCCUACAAUAUGAUUGUGGACCUGCCCAAGGACGGAAACUGCAACUUGAUCUUGGUCAUUAUUGACAGCUUCACCAAGUACGGGAUAUUUGUCAAAUGUUCCAAAAAACUUAAAGCCCCUGAGCUAGCAGAACUGUUUCUGGAAAACAUAUGGAAACGGCAUGGCAUGCCCAAGAAAACAGUCUCAGACAGAGGAAGGGUUUUCAAUAAUAAAUUCCUAAAGGCACUGUACAAACGCCUGGGAAUAGACCCCCACUUCUCCUUGGCAUACCACCCCCAGAGCAACAGCCAAACAGAACAAGUGAACCUGUCAAUAGAACAUUUCCUUAGGGCUUACUCAGGAAUUAACCAAAGGGACUGGACCAAGUGGCUCCCAAUGGUGGAAUUUGCGUACAACAAUGUGGUACAUAGCAGCACAGGGAAGACCCCCUUCAAAGCCCUGUACGGUUGGGAACCUACACUAACCCCGUCUAAUGUUCCAACGGAUGUACCGGAAGCAGACAAACUUGCCAAAUCAAUGGAAGCCCAAUGGAGAGAAGUAGAAGCCGCCCUGCAACAGUCCAAGGUACAAAUGGUUGCCGGAGAAAUGGGAAUCCCAAUAGAAUUUGAGGUUGGAGAAGAAGCAUGGUUGGAUGCCAAAAACGUCAAACUCAAAACCCUGAGUCCCAAAUUGACGGAGCAACAACUGGGACCCUUUAAGGUUAUUGAGAAGAUCUCCAACCAAGCAUACCGCCUAGAACUCCCUUCAACAAUGCAAAUCCACAAUGUCUUCUAUGUAGGAUUACUGUCCAAAGUCAAACAAGACAAUAAGCAGACCUUCAAAAACCGCCUGCCACCAAUCACUGUGGAUGGGGAAGAGGAAUACAAGGUUGAGGGCAUAACAGAUGCAGAGGAACAAGAUGGGAAGUGGUUCUUUAGGGUGAAAUGGAAGGGAUACGGGUCAGAAGAAAACACGUGGGAGCCCCAGGAGAAUCUGAAAAAUGCCGGGAAAAUUUUAAAGAAAUAUGAGGAAGAAAUGAAAAAGAAGGCCCUUGGCGCUGCCAAGGCCCUUAAAGGGGGGGCAGUGUUGUAG